CCGGGGGUGGAUCCACUUCCCGGGAAGAAGCGGGCGGGAAGUUUGAAUCCCUUUUGCGAUGCUCCGCCCUUCCUUUGGCGCCGGGGCUGUUUGGGAAGCAGGAUGGUGGAAGGGCCCGGAUGCAGGCUGAACGGCGAGAAGAUCCGCGCCCGAGUAGCCCGGGGACAGGCCGUGAAGUCCAUGCGAGGAAGCGCGCUUCUGCAAAUUGGAGCCUCUUCCUCCUCCUCGAAUGGGUUUCAGAUCACCCAGAAGACAGGAAAUAACUUCUUGACUAAGCUUCAUGGAUGUGUGUAUGAUGGUGUGGAAACUUUGGGGAAGGAACUUUUCAUGUUCUUUGGAGACAAAGCUUUGAGGAUCCACUUUGGCAUGAAUGGCUCUCUGCGUAUAAAUGCAGAUCCAAGCCAGAACAGAAAUGGAGCAGCAGCAGCAGUCCUAGAAAUACAACUUACUGCUGAUUUGGUUUCUUUUUAUGAUGCAACAGUAGAGCUUAGGAGUGCUGCUGAAAGUCAACAGAAAAUUAGAAUGCUAGAAGACUUAGAUGUAUGUUCUUCAGAUUUUAGUUUCUCCAAAGCCGAAAGUGAGAUUAAAAAGCAGAAGGGCCGUAUGUUGUGUGAUGUGUUGCUCGACCAAGCAGUCCUACCUGGAGUAGGGAACAUCAUAAAAAAUGAAGCCCUUUUUGACAGUGGCCUCCACCCAGUUGUCAAAGCUUGUCAGUUAACAGAUGAGCAAGUGCAUCACUUGGUGAAAAUGACUCGCGAUUUCACGCUACUGUUUUAUAAGUGUCGCAAGACCGGAUCUGCAUUGUAUAAACAUUACAAAGUGUACAAACGGCCCAAUUGUGGCCAGUGUGGAGCAAAGAUCACAGUGUGCCGUUUGGGAGAGAAUAACAGAAUGACAUACUUUUGUCCUCAGUGUCAAAAGGACAACCCACAGCGUGUGGAUCCCAGCAAACUGCCAGGAAGAAAUAGUUUAAUUGGCUGGGCCUACGGCAGGGGGUCAUGUUCCAAAGAACAAGUUGCUCAGAAAUCGGAAGAAGAGUGGUCCUGUAUGCUCUGCACUCUCAUAAUCAAGCCUUCUGUCAAAAUCUGUGAUGCGUGUUUGACUCCAAGGCCUGAAGUUCCCAGAUGGCAAAAUAAUGAAGAUUUAUCAGGCUUUAACAGCGAUUUAGUCAAGUAUCCAUGUAACAACUUUGAAAAACCAAGAACGGAAAUAAAGAUCAACAGGAAAACUGCCUUUGGGAUAACAACUCUGGUACUGACAGAUUUUGCAAGCAUAUCUACUCAACCAAGACCUAAUGGAAGUGAAAAUCUAACUUCAGAUGGAAGCUGUCUGCGUGGUUCUUCGCAAAAUGAUUAUAACACUACCUUCCACUUUGGAGUAAAUAAACCAGGAACGUUUCCCUAUCAAGAUAAAUCUUUAACGCCGGCACAGAAGAAACAGAGGACUGAUUACUCACCUUCAUCUGUUGGACCUAUCAGUGAGAAUUUAACAACCAGAACACCUCCAGAUAAUAUGACAGAUGGCUCUUGUCCAUUAAGCGCUGCCAGUCCCCGCUGCAAUAAGCACAGCCGCUUCUGUGUUCUCCGCGUCGUGAGGAAGGAUGGAGAAAACAAGGGCAGGCAAUUUUAUGCCUGCCCUUUACCUAAAGAAGCCCGGUGCGACUAUUUUGAAUGGGCAGACCUGCAUUUUCCCUUCUGCAAUCAUGGGAAGCGCUGCAUUAUGAGGACAGUGUUGAAGAUUGGUCCUAAUAACGGAAAGAAUUUCUUUGUGUGUCCUCUGGGGAAGGAUAAGCAGUGUGACUUCUUUCAAUGGGCAGAAAAUGGUCCAGCGAUGAAGAUUAUCCCAGGAUGCUGAGCUGUUCCUCUCCAAUACACCACCUGACAUUAAUCUGCUCAUACUGUGUGUGCUAUGCUGCUCUUCUCUGGGAGAUGUUUUAAGAGGGUUAUGAUCAAGUGGCAUUUUGUGACUGCAAAUCCAUCUAGAUGAUGUAUUUGAAGAUUCCUUCUUUUGUCCCUCCUUUUAAACUAUUUCUGCUGUUUUGUAAUGUAUUAUCUAACACCGGAACAUCUCAGGUGGCAGCAUUAGUGGACCUAAAUAAGCAUUAGCAAAAUAUCUUUUUGUCGGCCUUAGUUGUUAACCUUGACCCAAAUCUUUAGGAAUAAUAGAACUGCGUGUCUUGGUUGUUUCUCACCAUGUAUCUGCAAUCUGUCAGUAAAUAUAGAAGUCUAUCCAUGUCAUUUGCCCUUCAACACCUUUUUGUGUUCUCGCUUAUGCUUUCCAUAAAAGUUUUAUCGCAAUGCAUUUAAGAUGAAUGGAUUUUAAUACAUUUUGUAAUCAGUUAUGAAAGAUUAAUACAUGCAAUAAAAUGUUUCAAACAAUGA